AUGACUCCCAACAUCCCAGCCUCCAUCCGUGCGCUCGGUAUCGAGACCUGCAGCCGCCCGCUAAGCCUCUUCCACGAACUCCGCUGUGGCCACAUAGUCUGGACACCUUCGCCUUCGACCUGCGCAAGUAAUUGCACCGACGGUUCCGAGAUUGCGCAGCUCAACGCCUCCCGCUGGCGAGCCUGGGAAGAGGGCGGCCACGAACCACCGACGCUGAUCUUCGACUUCGCGUGCCCGAUCUGCGUUUACUGGGCGGUGAAGCGCGCCUUCCGCGACGGCAGGCGCGAAGCCGAGGCCGCAGAAGCGGAGGUGUACCGCGAGAAGGUCGAGUUCGGCCGGUUUUUUUAUUGUCGUCAGCUUUUCGAGAUCUAUGAAGCGGGCUUGAGGAAUGAGGAGAAGAGUAGUAUUGUUGAGAGGGCCAGAAAGGUUGAGAAGCACGAGUGGAAUCGCCAGUUCAGUGAUAAGCGGAAGUGCCGGGCGGUUCUGACGAGUGAUAUGCCUGCGGAGGUCAGGGCCGGGUUUCUGGAUUGUCAGGAUGAUUUUCGACACGCUUUCGAGUUGGACGAAGAAGGAAGAGUUUACAACGUCGAGACGCUGGCUGAUGCGUUGGGAGACAUGAGAGUCUCGGAGUCAGUCUUGGGAGACUUGACGCAAAGACUGAUAGGACUGGGCGUGGCUGACUCUGGCACUGGCGGGAAUGCGCAUUGA